AUGGCGGCACAUUUGACUCCGCGGUUCAGGAGGGUUCACAGCCAGAGCGAGCUGGGCGCGCGGCGGCGGGGCGGAGGAAGCAGUGGUCCUUUUCAAGCAACUCGGUUAUGGAAUGGUAUUAUUCAUGCUCUUCAAAGCCAGGUGGAAAUAAAAAGAAGACGACAACAUCUAAGGACGUACAGAAACUGCUUUACUGGCUCCAAUGCUGUUGAUGUGGUGCUGAGCUAUCUUAUGCACAGUAUGUACCUAAGUAGUAAUGAUCUUUCUCGACUGAAGGGAGUCCGUCUCUGCCAGGCUCUGAUGGAUCACAAGGUUUUUGAACCAGUUGGACCAAAACUAUUCAAGAAUGAGAGAGAGCUAGAGUUUGAAGACACAAGUAAUAGUCUUUAUAGAUUUCUGGACAGCCAUCUUUCUCCUCUUUUACUGAAACAGAAAGGAUAUGUUGAGAAGUUGUCCCCUGAGGAAAUACUUGAACUUAAGACGAAAAAACUUUCACGAGCAAAAUGUGAAACAAUUUCAAAUCCCUUAGCACUAGAAGCUGCUGAUAAAAGGAUAGAGGAACUUCUACAAACUAUAAAUGUACAUCCAUCUUUACCUUUAAAGAACAUAGUUGAUGAACCAGUCUGUCUACUUUCAAAAAAAGUUAUAGAUGAUGUCUGGAAACAACAGACUCUGUUACGGCUACUGCAGUUAAUUGAUCUUCCAGUCCUGGAAAAUAUUUUGGAGUUUCCAGAUAAGAGGAAAAAUGAUCAUCUUGGCACAGAGGAAGAUCUGAUUAUCUCAAAUACUUUCCUUGACAGAGAGGUCACGUGCAGCCUAAAUUUGCCCGAGCUUGACAAUUGGCUUUGUGCAGCAAUUGAAUGCUUGGAGUAUUUUCCAGACCAGCUAAUAGUGAUGGUUGGUCAGCAGUUACUUCAAAUCAGUAACGAAUCAAGUCACUUGAAUAUGCACAAGAAGAUACUUUUUGAUGUGAUAGCAAAAUAUUAUAAUCAAGUGAGAGCCCCCCUUUUCAACAAUCAUGAUCUUGAUAUUCAUUCAGGAAUUGUUGAACUUAUAGAUAAUGGAAAAACAGCACAAGCCCUGGAGGCAUCGCAGCUUUACUUAAGAUUACUAGUGCCGAACAUCCGAGAAGAACUGCGUAGGCUACUGAUGUUUAUGGCUGUUGCGUCAGAACCUGAGGGCUACAAGUUACAAAAACAAUUUGAUAAUAGAUCAGUGAUCAUCAAGACUUUUACCAAGGCCAUUUUACAAAAUAAAGGAUUGUCAAAAACACAGACUGAACAGCUAAUCCAGUUACUGAUGAAGAAUCAUACUGAACUCUUCAAGACCCCUUUAAUUCUGUUGGAACUAAUCAGCAAGAAACUUACGAGCUUGCUGGAAGGACAAGAUCCUGAUGCCAGUUCAGGCUUCACCUUUUGUCAGCGUUUGACUCCUGAAGAAUUUGAAGACCAGAAGCAACAAACAAGGCACCAUCUUCAAGAGUUGAUUCAAGAGAUGGACAGUAAUCCCACCAUUUCUCUUAAGCAGAAAAAGAAGCUAUUUAAAGAAUUCCAAAAGCAUCAUUCUGUAGCACUAUUGUAG